UCUCUCCGAGGGAGGGGUGCACAGCAGGCAGGUCUGUGAAGAAGGCAGAGACUCUCUAGUGAGCGUGGGAAGAGAAGUUGAGUCUUUCGUCCACUCCCCACAGCUCAGAGCCCGGUGGGAAGUUCCUGAGUUACUUCGUCCCCAGCCAAGGGCUGCGAAGCCCUACCCCUCCCCUCCCAAGAUGGCGGCGGCCCCUCCCCUAGAUCCCACGGGCUGGGGCGGGGCCCCUGGAGCCCGUCCUCCCGCAGCUGCGGCCAGGGACUGUUAUGUGUGAGCGCGGCCGGGUGGGCGUGGGACGCGGCUGGCAGUUAGCAGGGGCGAGCGCAGCUGGGGUCCGAGUGGCGAGAGCUGCGCGCGCCGGGCCGCGCUCUGCCUGGGAUACCUGUAAAAGAUGGUGGAUCGCUUGGCAAACAGUGAAGCAAAUACUAGACGAAUAAGUAUAGUGGAAAACUGUUUUGGAGCAGCUGGUCAACCUUUGACUAUUCCUGGUCGUGUUCUGAUUGGAGAAGGAGUGUUAACAAAGCUGUGUAGGAAGAAACCUAAAGCAAGACAGUUUUUCUUAUUCAAUGAUAUUCUUGUCUAUGGUAACAUUGUUAUCCAGAAGAAAAAAUAUAAUAAACAGCACAUAAUUCCACUGGAAAAUGUCACUAUUGAUUCCAUCCAAGAUGAGGGGGACUUACGGAAUGGAUGGCUUAUUAAGACACCAACAAAAUCUUUUGCAGUUUAUGCUGCCACUGCCACAGAGAAGUCUGAAUGGAUGAGCCACAUAAAUAAAUGUGUUUCUGAUUUGCUUUCCAAAAGUGGGAAAACUCCCAGUAAUGAACACGCAGCUGUCUGGGUGCCUGACUCAGAGGCUACUGUUUGCAUGCGUUGUCAGAAAGCAAAAUUUACACCUGUCAAUCGUCGUCACCACUGUCGCAAAUGUGGCUUUGUUGUAUGUGGACCCUGUUCUGAAAAGAGGUUUCUUCUUCCCAGCCAGUCCUCCAAGCCUGUGCGGAUUUGUGACUUCUGUUAUGAUCUUCUUUCUACUGGGGAGAUGACCACUUGUCAGCCCACUAGAUCAGACUCUUACAGCCAGUCACCUAAGUCCCCUUUAAAUGAUGUAUCUGAUGAUGAUGACGAUGAUGAUAGCAGUGAUUAAGGACCAAAUAUUAUUUUCAGGCAUUGCAAUUGGUGUUUUGAACCAUAAAGAGCUGCUUUUUGGGGAAACCUGUAGCCAGACUCCUCUGAAAUUCUAUUCUAGCCAUAAAAUUUGCCUGAGUAUCUUCAACUACAAUGUGCCUCAUAUGAAUGUUCUAGACAAUAGGCUUUUCACUCUUCUGCAGGGAUAGACUGUUGCAAAUAUAUCAGAUAAUUUUCCAACUUCUUAUACUUGAGUUAUGUCUAGAGUAGACUUUUUGUUGAAGAUUGGAAAAUUCAACAUAGCUUUCUUUAUUUAACAACCAUGCUACAUUGUUUGAUAGUGAUACUUUAUCAUUUCUGGUUUUUUUAAUAUGGGAAAAUAAACAUGCAUGAAACUAUGAUAAAUAUAUUUUGGUUAA